AAAAACAUUUGGAUUAAUUAAAAAUAAACUACAGCUGAAGCAGAGGCACAAAAAUUUAAAUCAAUCGGCUCUCAAGGUGUUAACGCCAGUGUGCGUGUGUUGUGUAUGCGUAUGUAUGGGUGUAUGUGUUUUGAUGAGUGCCAUUAUUACGAGCGUAAAUCGUAAUGCGCCCAAAUAAGCUAGCACGACAACAACAAAAGCAGCAGCAACAGCAACAACAAUAACAACAAUGACAUUAGCAACAAUACAACGUUUAAGUAGAGCGAGUUGCGCAAGUGAUAAUUGAAAAAUGAAAUAAAAGUAGCAAAAGAAAAUAUUUAAAAAAAAAAAAGAAUGCGAAAAAAAUUCAAUUCAGCAAAAGGCAAAGGAAUAAAAACAAAAGCAAAAGGCAAUUGAAAUAUCAAGCUCUCAAAUAGCGAUAACAAGGCAACGAAUAAACACGCACUCACACAUACGUACUCAUAUAUGUAUAUAUAAUAUUUCUUCUAUAUAUAUAUCAAAAAUAGAAGUCAAGCUAAGAGAUUUCAGCAGCUCAUUCCGAGCUAACGAAAAAUUAUUAUCACUAUCAGCAAGGAAUGUAAGCAGCAGCACGAUCUAAGCUCGCGCACUUAUUGUAUACUAGCAAAUGAGCAAAACUUUGCUUGGUCUGCUCGAAGUGCAACGAUGCAAACGAAUUGAAAGCGUAAGCCAACAAAAACACUUCGCACGCACACUGCAAUCACCGGUGAGUUAGCUGAAAGUGCAAGCUAAAGCAACGUACGACGCAUGCGCCUAGUCACAUUAGCAGCCAAAUGUAGAUUCCUGUCAGUAAAAAUAACAACAACACGUGUAUUACGCUAUAACGCUACUUAAAGUAUUGAAAGAAUUAGAAAAGGAGGAAAAUUUUCACUCGAAACUCGCUCGCCUGAUGAAAUACUCACCGUCGCUUCUGCUCAUCAAACCAACCGUCGCGCUCACGUCUGUGAUUCUGCCGCCAACUAAAAGUGCACUUCUACUGCUCUUCCAGUGGUCAAAGAUCAAAGUUCGACACCAAAGUUAAUAGUGCAAAAAGUAGGACCAGGCACAUCUUCGGUCUCGCAAGUAUAAAUUCUCAAGCUGCCACAAGCAACUUCAGUGGCAAAAAAAAUUUAAACCAAAUUCUGCACAAACAAAGCAUUUAUCAACGAGUAUAAAAUAUGGAAAGCGAGAAAAUGUCGUCGCCAUACUAUUCGAGUUCAACGAAGUUAACUCCAGCGAGCAACUGCCUGACAUCACCAACCGGCGCAUUGCCUCAACAACAUUUGCAAUUGACGCCUGCACCAACACAGAAACCAACAACGCCGAUGUCAUUAGCUAAUCAGCUAACGCUUUCACUCAAAGUUGGUGAACAAGCAGUUGCCGCCGCAAACGCAUUUCUCGAACCAACUACCAUAUCAACGUCCGCGCACGCUUCCAACGCAUCAUCUUCACUGACUUCUUCUCCGAACUUGAACGAUCCCUAUGCCAGCUACGCCGAUAACUUUGAUCUAUCGCUACUACCUCAAGAUUGUGCAUCCGCUAACGGGAAUAUACCAACAAUUGUGUACCAAUUUGGUUGCAAUACGCCGGUAACACCAACACCACCCACAAAAACACCAACAACCGACACACCGACAUUGUCAACAGCAACACCGUUCAACGGUUUAUUAACGCCACCACAAAUUAAAAUCGAACAAGCUUGGUCGUUCGGUUCCACUAUCUCCCUGCCGGAGGAGAUUAAGCGGGAGCCGCAACAAUCGUCGCCACAGCCAUCGAUGUUGAAAUCGCCUAAUCAGCUAAUACCACCACCACCAUACCCACACGUCUACCCAUCGCCACAAUCGAGUCCCGCCCAAUCGGAGUACACAUUUCCACAGACACCAUUUGCCGGUUGCUACGAGUCAUUGAACUCGUCGCGCUCAGCCCUCCAUCAUCCCUCAUCCCCGUAUGCCUCCUUAGAAGCCUGCAAUAAUAUUAAACAAGAAUUGCACAUCCUGCCGCCAUCACCGCCAGAGUCCAAUUGUGAGGCACCCUCGCCGCAUUCGUCUUGGCCCGAUAUUAAAUCGGAGCCGAUUGAUGCGGAUGUGGAGACAUUGAUUGAUUUGAAUAUGUUGUUGGAUAAAAAGGAAUUUGCGUGCUCGGCUUAUAACGAUUACACUACCAACGAAUGUGCCUUGAAACAAGCAGUAGCAGCAGCAACAACAAUGCAUAUACAACAACAACAGCAACAACAUCAGCAGCAAUUACAGCAACAAACGCAAAAUCAACAAAAUCGAGAUCAUCAAUUACUUCGCGACUUCUUCGAGGAGAAUCAUUUUCCAAUGGGUUGUGGCAUGGCCGAGGUUAGUGGUAACAUCGAACAAGUGAUCUCAAUGGCGCUCGAGGACACGAAGAGUCUGGCAGUGGAGACCUGUGCUAAAUUGCAGAUUUCUCAAGAUCCCUGCGACUGGUCGGUAUCACAAGUGCAUGCUUGGCUACGAUCCACCGUAGCACAAUUUAAAUUGCCGGAAAUCGAUUGUUUGGAGCGAAAAUUUCCCGAAAAUGGUGCAGCGCUGAUUUUACUCAGCGAGGAAGAGUUCAAGCGGCGAGUGCCAGAGAGCGGCUCCGACUUGUAUGCCCAAUUAGAGGUAUGGCGCUAUCAUUUCAAUAGCAACGCACCGGAGAGCGAUGACGAUGAGGAAAUGCUACCUACAACCAGCGCUCUGGCUGUGGCCGGCGCUGUGCCCAAAACACCCGAAACUAAACGCACCGGGCGCAGUGGUGGCUCACACAUACAUUUGUGGCAAUUCCUUAAGGAACUCCUUGCCGAAUCACAUGCCCAUGGCACGGCCAUACGUUGGAUAGAUCGCAGUCGAGGUAUUUUCAAAAUCGAGGAUUCGGUGCGUGUAGCAAAACUUUGGGGUGGACGUAAAAAUCGGCCAGCAAUGAAUUAUGACAAGCUAUCGCGUUCGAUACGACAAUACUAUAAGAAGGGUAUCAUGAAGAAGACAGAGCGUUCGCAACGUUUGGUCUAUCAAUUUUGUCAUCCCUAUCAGUUGUAAAGUGCGGAGAGCAAAGAGAAAGGAGAGGAGUGUGGCAGAAAUGGAGAGCGAUAAGAAAUUGGUAAUGAGAAGAAGAGAGGUGGGAGGAGGAGAAGUGAGAAGAAGAGAAGUGAGCAAUAGGUGACAGCUAGAAGCAGCACAAACGAUGAUUUAUAGCUAUUUAUGUAUUUAUUUAUUUAUUUAUUGCUUUAAGCUACAGAAAAUUUUAUUAAUUUAUUUAUUUAUUUUAUAAUAACGAAAACAAACAAACAUAUUUAUUCGUGAAUGUUGAGGAGUGAAGUUUGAUAAUUUAUUUAUUUAUUUAUUAAAUUAUUUAUUUAUUCAUUAAAAUAUUUAUAAUAAUUUAUGAAAAAAGUGCCUAUAAAAUUUUCAACAAUUAAUGCAUAUCAAUUUAGCAUUGCUGUUGCAUUAGAGGCAAGUGCAUUUGCUCAUACGCAGAAUAAUGCUGUUAAAAUUCUUGUAUCUCUGAAAAGUCCAGUGACCAAAACGCAAGCAGAAAACUAAAGUUCUUAAAACCUAUAAUGAAAACGAGUUAUUUUCGUUUAUGUAAGAUUUAAUGCACAAACCAGUGUGUCAAUGUUUUGAUGCAUUAACGUCUUAUUUACUACGCGGAAUCUGCUGCGAUAACACUGGAAAGCCAUAUAUCUAUGAUAUAUAUCAGUUUAAGUUCUGUGAACAAAGGAAUUUAGUUUUAAGAAACAUGAAAAUGGCAGGAAACCGAACGCCUUCAAAUCGAAUGUGCUUUGCAGAAAAGAACAGAUUAUAGCCAUUUCAAAGUUCAUUGAGACACAAAAGUACAAUAAAUUUUAGAAAUGCUGCCUUGAGAAUUUUUUUCAAUCAAUACCAAAAUAUUUUAUACUUUAAUACAAAUAAUAAACAAAUAUACAUACACAGAAGGAAUAAAAAAGGCAAAAAAAAAAAUUUUCGAUGAGUAUUCUGAUUUUUCUGCGAAGCUCAUAAGGGAAAUGAACAAUUUAAAUAUGUAUUUAGUGAAAAUAAAACAUAAAUAAAAUCUCAUAGUUAUGAAGAUGUUAUAAACAAUUAUGUAAAUCGUUAAGGGAUUUCAAAUUUAAAUGGUUAGGAUUUUUUAUGGUGUGGGUUAUUUAUUAUAGUUUAUAAGAGAACCGCAAUUUUUUAAUGUCAAAGACAAAAC